ACUACACCUGGAUUGACUGAGCGGCCAGGCAGCAGGCAUGUCCCGAAGGAAGCAGAGCAACCCCAGGCAGAUCAAACGUCCUCUGGAGGAUGGCUUGGAGGAAGAGGAUGAGGAGUGUGUCUCUGAGGAGAACGAGCUCCUGGCCAAAGAUGAGUUCUCAGCGGAAGAAAACUUCCCUGCCGAGUUUGAUACUGAGAACAUGAGCUGCGAGGACAUGGAGUACUUCUGCGGCAAAGGAGAGGAGGAUGGCAACCGCGAAGCAGGAGAGCCAGAGGUGGACAGCCAGGCUGAGAAGACAAGGCAUACUUCAGUGGGGCCGGAUGAAUGGGAUGGCCCAAGAGAGCUUGAUGCGUUUCUUAAAGACGGCGAGCGCCGGAUCCACAGCCGUCAGCAGCUGCCUGUGGGAACAACUUGGGGACCCUUCGAAGGGAAGAUUGAGAUGGGUACCGAGAACAGCACACUGAAGACGAAGAGCACGGUCCCGGUGGUGCUGAGCGCCGGCCCCAAGUGGCUGCUGGAUGUGACUUGGCAGGGAGCAGAGGACAACAAAAACAACUGUGUGGUGUACAGCAAAGGUGGCCAACUGUGGUGCACCACCACCAAGAACAUGAUGGAGGGCGAAGAGCUGGUGGCGUUUGCGGUCGACUUUGACUCACGUCUGCAGGCAGUGAACCACAUGUCUUUGAGCGAGGGCAUGUACCCAGCCAGGCUGCUGGACAGCAUCCAGCUCUUGCCGCAGCAGGCUGCAAUGGCUUCCAUCCUACCCACUGCAAUUGUCAACAAGGACAUCUUCCCCUGCAAAGCUUGUGGGAUCUGGUUUCGCAGUGAGAGGAAUCUCCAGGCCCAUCUGAUGUACUACUGCAGUGGGCGGCAACGGGAACCUGAGACGGUUGUUGAAGACAGUGACACCGCACCCCACCAGACCUCCAGUAUGUGCCCCUUCCCACAAUGCAACAAGACCUUUUCAGGGGCCAGGGCGCUGGAGAUGCACCUGACCACCUCACACAGUGGUGUCAAAAUGGAAGAGAGCCUCCCUCCUGGCACCAGCUUGAAAUGCACAAUCUGUAACUACACGGCAGAUUCUCUUAUUACAUUCCAGCAUCACAUCAUGUCUCACCUGUCACAGGCGGCCUUCAGAUGCAAUCACUGCCAUAUCAGCUUUCAGAGCCACAGGGAACUCUUACAGCAUCAGGACUUACACGGACAUGGCAACAAACUUCACAGGGAAGGCGACGCCACCGAGCAUUCCCCCCGGGGGUCUGAUGAGAGCCUCCAGCAGCAGCAGCAGCAGCAGCAGCAGCAGCAGCAGGCCUGCACCGAGCUGGCCAACAGGAAGGAUGCUCUGCUGGGAAGUCCCAAAGGGGCCCUCAACAAGGAGACCGGCACAGACGGAGAGGCCGACAAGGCCGAGAAAAAGCCCAUGCUGUCUGCUCAGAAGGGAGAUGCCCACCCAGGCAGCAAAGCAAGUUUUUCUUACACUCGGAUCAAAUCGGAGCCCUCGAGCCCCCGUCUGGCCUCUUCCCCCGUGCAGCAUAACAUGCCUACAUUUCCCAUGGGCCCCUUCUUGUCUCAGUUCGCUUUCUCCCAAGACAUUUCAGUGGUCCCCCAGGCUUCCGAGAUUCUAGCUAAAAUGUCAGAGCUAGUUCACAGGAGACUACGUCACGGAGGGAACAGCUACCCCCCAGUCAUCUACAGCCCGCUUAUGCCCAAAGGAGCCACCUGUUUUGAAUGCAAUAUCACUUUCAGCAACCUGGACAACUAUUUGGUCCACAAAAAGCACUACUGCAACAGCCGCUGGCAACACAUGGCAAAGUCACCCGACUUCUCUGUCCUUUCUGACAAGGUCCCCGAGUCAGUGAGUCCUAACAGCGGGCACACCUCCGUUAGCAUGUUGACCGGAUGCCACCCUGCUGAAGGCGACAGUCACCUCAUGCAGUCAGCCUGCCUGAACUCCAGUAUGUUGGACAUGAUCAAUGCUGGGGCCAAAGGGCCUGAUAAGGAUCCAGCAGGGCAGGUGAAGAAGGUCUCAACACCAACUGGGGUUGAAGAGAGGCUCAACGGAAAACAGAUCGAGGGGAAAAGCCCGAGUACCGGUCUAGUGGAGAGCGACAACGACCCGAGCAAGACGACCUGCGAUGCCUGUAAUAUCACCUUCAGCCGCCAUGAGACCUUCAUGGUACACAAGCAGUACUACUGCGCCACCCGUCAUGACCCGCCCAUGAAGCGCAUGUCCACCAACAAGGUGCCCUCCAUGCAGAGGACCAUGAGAACUCGGAAGCGAAGAAAGAUGUACGAGUUGUGUCUCCCCGAUCCCGACCAUCAAAGGGCCCCCAUGGGACAGACGGGUUUCCUCGGGGUUCAUCCUAUGAAUCCUUGUUCGUCCCAAGAAGCCGUGGACAGCCUCGGAGACCGUUUCCAGCCCCGCUGCGACAUCUUUCCAGGUAUGGUCCCGAAACACCUGGAGGCCUCUCUGACUGUCACUAAACCUAUUUUGACCCCCAAAUGCAAUACAGCGGAGCCACAUGAGUUGGAUGCCCCGAUUGAUCUCAGCAAAAAGUGUUCACCUCUCUCCGAUAAGACAUGUAGCUCUCCGAAAAGACUGUUGGACUACCACGAAUGUGCAGUGUGUAAAAUAAGUUUUAAUAAAGUGGAGAACUACUUGGCACACAAACAGAACUUUUGCCCAGCUACGGCUGCCGCUACGGCUCAGAAGUCACAACAGCCACAUCCACAUAAUGAGACGGGCAGCCUGGACACGACUAUGUUCCCGGAUGUGAAGAACGAAGGCACUAACAACACUGGUGAGCCCUACGAUAAGAGCCCAAGCAAAUGUGAAAAAAAUGCCAACGGGAAGGUGAUGGUGCAGAAUGGAGUCCUGUUCCCACCUCACCUGGGGCCUGUGACGGGUCUCAAGCCUUUCGCUGAACCCCAGCUUAUCCCAUCAAAAGAUGAGAACAAGAACCUGUAUCUGCCCCAUUGCCUUUAUCCCGGAGCAAUAAAGAAGAUGAAAGGCUCCGAGCAAAUAUCGCCGUAUUUUGGGAUAAAGCCGACCGACUAUGUGAGCGGAGGACCAGUGAUGCAGGGAGAGGCCAGCGAACAGGAGCAGAGUGUUAACGGGGGAGGAAGCGGAGGUGAGGCGGCGACAACGAGGGAAGCGACCCAACAGCCCGCUGCUAAUGGCUGCCCUCAUCCUGGCAAGGAGCCUCUCCCCCUACUGCCCAAAAACCGAGGCAUGGUCAUCGUCAACGGGGGACAUAAGCCGGAAGAACGCUCAGGCACAGCACCGCAACAGGAGAAUCAGCCCCAGCCAGAUGGCCAAGCCACUAAUCCCUCACCAACGUGGGCCGCGGAGAACCCAGCAGACUCCAACGAGAACAUGUCACCUUCCUCCAAGUCCCCAAAUGAGGAUGCAGCACCCCCAGCCAAUAAAGGGAUGAACGGCUCCGGAAGUAGCAAGUACUGUCGCCUCUGCGAUAUCCAGUUCAACAACCUGUCAAACUUUAUUACCCAUAAGAAGUUUUACUGUUCAUCACAUGCUGCAGAGCAUGUUAAAUGAGAAGACAGAUUCUUCCUCUCGAACCUCUUUCUUCCUUA